AUGGAGGACUCUCACACGAAAACCGUGGAUGAAGUCUUAAAAUAUUUUGGCACGGACCAAGACAAAGGGCUUAGCCCAGACCAAGUCAAAAGGAAUCAAGAGAAAUAUGGGCCAAAUGAACUGCCUGCUGAGGAAGGAAAGAGUAUAUGGCAGUUAGUCCUGGAACAGUUUGAUGACCUCUUAGUAAAGAUUUUGCUGUUAGCCGCCAUUAUUUCUUUCGUAUUAGCUUUAUUUGAAGAACACGAAGAUGCAUUCUCAGCUUUCGUGGAACCUUUUGUUAUUUUACUAAUUCUUAUUGCUAACGCUGUAGUAGGAGUAUGGCAGGAAAGAAACGCAGAAUCCGCCAUCGAAGCUUUAAAAGAAUAUGAACCCGAAAUGGGAAAAGUAGUUAGAGGAGACAAAUCUGGUGUUCAGAAGAUCAGAGCAAAAGAGAUUGUUCCUGGUGACAUCGUCGAGGUGUCCGUCGGAGACAAGAUCCCCGCCGAUAUCCGCCUGAUCAAGAUCUACUCUACUACCAUCCGUAUUGACCAGUCCAUCCUGACUGGUGAAUCCGUGUCUGUGAUCAAACACACUGAUGCCAUUCCCGACCCCCGCGCUGUAAACCAGGACAAGAAAAACAUUCUGUUCUCCGGUACUAACGUCGCCGCCGGCAAGGCCCGCGGUAUCGUCAUCGGAACCGGUCUCAACACUGCCAUUGGUAAAAUCCGUACUGAAAUGUCCGAGACUGAGGAAAUUAAGACACCUCUGCAACAAAAACUCGAUGAAUUCGGUGAGCAGCUUUCAAAGGUCAUCUCAGUCAUCUGCGUUGCCGUAUGGGCCAUCAACAUUGGACAUUUCAACGACCCCGCCCACGGUGGAAGCUGGAUCAAAGGAGCCGUAUACUACUUCAAAAUCGCCGUCGCUCUGGCUGUAGCCGCCAUCCCUGAAGGUUUACCCGCUGUCAUCACCACUUGUCUUGCCCUCGGUACCAGGAGAAUGGCCAAGAAGAACGCCAUUGUCAGGUCGCUCCCAUCCGUAGAGACCCUUGGUUGUACUUCCGUUAUCUGCUCUGACAAAACCGGUACAUUGACCACCAACCAGAUGUCAGUAUCCCGUAUGUUCAUCUUUGAAAAGAUCGAGGGUGGAGACAGCAACUUCUUGGAAUUCGAAAUCACCGGCUCUACAUACGAACCUAUUGGUGACGUUUACUUGAAGGGACAGAAAGUUAAGGCCUCUGAAUUCGAUGCUCUUCAAGAACUCGGCACUAUUUGCGUUAUGUGCAACGACUCCGCCAUUGACUUCAACGAAUUCAAACAAGCCUUCGAGAAAGUCGGUGAAGCUACCGAAACCGCUCUUAUCGUUCUUGCCGAAAAGAUGAAUCCCUUCAACGUGACCAAGUCAGGACUCGACCGCCGUUCCUCUGCUAUUGUAGUCCGUCAGGAAGUUGAAACUAAAUGGAAGAAAGAAUUUACUCUGGAAUUCUCCCGUGACAGGAAAUCUAUGUCGACCUAUUGCACACCCCUUAAGCCUUCCCGCCUCGGCAAUGGACCCAAACUGUUCGUUAAGGGAGCACCUGAAGGUGUUCUGGACCGCUGCACACACGCCCGCGUGGGAACCGCCAAGGUACCUCUCAACACGACCCUCAAGAACCGCAUCUUGGAACUCACUCGCCAAUAUGGUACCGGACGUGACACUCUCCGUUGCCUGGCUCUGGCCACCGCUGACAACCCAAUGAAACCCGACGAAAUGGACCUUGGUGACUCGACCAAAUUCUUCACAUAUGAAGUCAACCUCACCUUCGUCGGAGUGGUGGGCAUGUUGGACCCUCCCCGUAAAGAAGUGUUCGACUCAAUCGUUCGCUGCCGCGCCGCUGGUAUCCGUGUAAUCGUCAUCACUGGUGACAACAAAUCCACCGCUGAAGCUAUUUGCAGACGUAUCGGUGUAUUCACGGAGGAUGAGGACACAACCGGCAAGUCCUUCUCGGGUCGCGAGUUCGACGACCUGUCCGUGAGCGACCAGCGCGCCGCCUGCGCGAAGGCACGCCUCUUCUCCCGCGUGGAACCCGCACACAAGUCCAAGAUCGUUGAAUACUUACAGAGCAUGAAUGAAAUCUCUGCCAUGACUGGAGAUGGUGUGAAUGACGCGCCCGCCCUCAAGAAGGCCGAGAUCGGUAUCGCCAUGGGCUCCGGCACGGCCGUAGCCAAGUCCGCCGCCGAGAUGGUGCUCGCUGACGACAACUUCUCAUCCAUUGUCGCUGCUGUUGAAGAAGGUCGUGCUAUUUACAACAACAUGAAGCAGUUCAUCCGCUACCUGAUCUCCUCCAACAUUGGUGAAGUCGUAUCUAUCUUCCUCACUGCCGCUCUGGGUCUACCUGAAGCCCUGAUCCCCGUCCAGCUCCUGUGGGUCAACUUGGUGACUGACGGUCUUCCCGCCACCGCCCUCGGCUUCAACCCCCCUGACCUGGACAUCAUGGACAAACCACCCCGCAAGGCUGAUGAGGGCCUCAUCUCUGGAUGGCUGUUCUUCAGAUACAUGGCUAUCGGUGGCUACGUCGGUAUGGCGACAGUCGGUGCCGCUUCCUGGUGGUUCAUGUACUCUCCCUUCGGCCCUCAGAUGACCUACUGGCAACUCACCCACCACUUGCAAUGCAUCAACAGCGCCGAAGACUUCAAGGGUAUUGACUGCAAGAUCUUCACGGACCCACACCCCAUGACCAUGGCUCUCUCUGUACUCGUAACCAUUGAGAUGUUGAACGCCAUGAACAGCUUAUCAGAGAACCAGUCCCUGGUGACCAUGCCCCCAUGGUCUAACAUGUGGCUCGUCGGCUCCAUGGCCCUGUCUUUCACCCUCCACUUCGUCAUUCUAUACGUUGAGGUCCUCUCGGCCGUGUUCCAAGUGACGCCGCUGUCGGUGGACGAGUGGAUGACGGUGAUGAAGUUCUCGGUGCCAGUGGUGCUGCUGGACGAGGUGCUCAAGUUCGUCGCGCGCAAGAUCUCCGACGCGAACGAGGUGGUCGUUGACAAGUGG